GGUAAAAGCUAAGACAUAGUGGGUCCAAUGAACAUCAAGUUGCAUGCGCAUUAAGUGUUCAUAUGCUAUAUAGUCUAUACGUUGCCUUGUUUUUCUCCCUUCACUCGUAUGUGUUUCGUCCUAAACCUUAAAACUUAAACAGUAAGAAUCCAAAUAACACAAUGCUAAAUUCCUCACAUGCAUCCUUCACGCUUAUUUUCCUCUACUGCAUUUUCUUCUCCACACUCGCUUCCUCUUUGCCCGUUUCUGACCCCGAGCUCGUUGUCCAGGAAGUACACAGGAGAAUAAACGAGUCCAUAUCAAGAAGGAACCUAGGGUUCUUCUCUUGUGGGACCGGCAAUCCAAUCGAUGAUUGUUGGCGAUGCGAUAAGGAUUGGGAGAAAAACCGGAAACGAUGUAGACAUGGAUAUUUCCAUGUGGUGAACAAUGACUAUACACAUUGGGAAAUGUAUGCAAUCGGAGGAAGUGCUAAUCCUACCAUCAACUCUCAAGGCAACCGUUUUCUUGCUCCUGAUGACUCUUCUAGCAAAGAGGUAACAAAGCACGAGGAUGCACCGGAAAGCGAAUGGAGUAACUGGAAUUGGAGAUCCGAAGGAGAUCUAAUGCUUAACGGUGCCUUCUUUACAUUUUCUGGCGCUGGACCAACUAAAUCGUCAAGCUACUCGAAAGCAUCGAGCCUAGCCGCUAGACCGUCCUCUCAUGUUGGUGAUAUAACUAUAGCCUCCGGUGCACUCAGCUGCAAAAAGGGUUCCCGUUGCUGAUCAUAGCCCCACCGGCGUGUAUGUAUGUAUGCUGUGUGUGUAUAUAUAUAAUAUGAUGAAACCAUCACUUGUUAGCUUUAUUUAUGUACUAAUAAUCUCUGUUGGAAAAGUGAAGAAGUGUUGAUUACAUUUUAUUUGGUCGUUGUGUCGGCUAGAGUUAUGAUUACAGUCGGCAAAACUUAUUACUACACUCAACACACUUACUAAGUAGAACGAUUAUAUUAUUUUAUGUUUAGUUGAUACUUCAACAGAUUUGCUAAUAAAAUAAUUUUUAGAAACAA